AAGUGAAUGGGGGAUUGUGCUGCGCUCAGCUGGCAGCCCCGGUCGGCCCGAGCCUGGAACGAGUCACCCCGCCCUCGUUCAUCAGCCUGGCGCGGGCACCCCUUGCUCGGCUCCACCCGGACGCCUUCUCCCGGCAGGCGGAGGGGCUGGGCUCGCCUUUCCGAGCUUUGCCUGGGCCCGCGAACGCACCCCGCCCCUGGCUUCUGGCUUUGCUGGAGAAGCUGAAACUGUGUAUCCAAGCCAGCUGGGGCAAUCUCUGCCUUACUUGGGAGAAACUGCAGUGAAGCAACAGCUAUGGAAUGGGGAGUAAUGGCUCCUGUUAACACUGUCUGGAACUCUGGGGGAAUCCACAGCAACAAGAGAGCCAUCAAUCUCAUCAGGGCUGCUCUCUCUGAAGGCAAACAGCAACGGGCAGGCUGGGGGCUCUGAAGAGGAACACUCCCAAAUCUCUCCAGCUCACCUUUUGCAGUUCAUUUCUGGGUUUGUGUUCCAGUUUCUGUCCUCCCUUGGUGUCUGGCUCUGGUUAACAGAGAGCAGCAGGCCUGCUGUGAUGGAGUCCCUCUGAGCCCCCAGGAACGUGCUUAAGGCUUGGAUGGUGGUGCUGCUCAUCACAGACAAUGUGGCUGAUACUUCAGAGAAACCCGUCCUUGUCCCCUGUUCUCCAAGUGCCUGAGUUGGCUGCAGGCCGGGACCUUUGCCUCCUGCUCUGGGUUCUAAGCUUGACCAUUGUACAGAUGGAUGGCCAGGUCUAUUCCCCGACUGUCAACACACACUAUGGGAAGUUACGAGGGGUCCGGGUUCCACUGCCUAGUGAGAUUCUGGGUCCUGUGGAUCAAUACCUGGGGGUGCCUUAUGCAGCCCCUCCCACUGGGGAGAAGAGGUUCAUGCCCCCUGAGCCACCGUCCUCCUGGUCUGGAAUAAGGAAUGCUACCCACUUCUCACCGGUCUGCCCUCAGAACAUCCACAGUGCGGUCCCGGAGAUCAUGCUGCCCAUCUGGUUCACCUCUAAUCUGGAUAUAGUUGCCACAUACAUUCAGGAUCCCAAUGAGGACUGCCUGUACCUCAACAUUUACAUUCCCACCGAGGAUGUAAAACGGAUUUCCAAGGAAUGCGCUCGAAAGCCCAACAAGAAAAUAUGUAGGAAAGGAGGAGCCAUCGCUAAGAAACAGGGCGAGGACUUAGCGGAUAAUGACGGGGAUGAAGACGAAGACAUUCGUGACAGUGGGGCCAAGCCCGUGAUGGUUUAUAUCCAUGGUGGCUCCUACAUGGAGGGCACAGGGAACAUGAUUGAUGGCAGCAUCCUGGCCAGCUACGGCAACGUCAUCGUCAUCACCCUCAACUACCGCGUGGGCGUGCUAGGAUUCCUGAGCACCGGGGACCAGGCGGCCAAGGGGAAUUAUGGACUGCUGGAUCAGAUCCAGGCUCUGCGCUGGAUCAGUGAAAAUAUUGCCUUCUUUGGGGGGGACCCCUUGCGAAUCACUGUCUUUGGCUCCGGCAUCGGCGCCUCCUGCGUCAGUCUACUCACUCUCUCCCACCACUCAGAAGGUCUCUUCCAAAGAGCCAUCAUCCAGAGUGGCUCUGCUCUCUCCAGCUGGGCAGUCAACUACCAGCCUGUGAAGUAUACCAGCCUGCUGGCCGACAAGGUGGGCUGCAACGUGCUGGACACCGUGGACAUGGUGGAUUGUCUGCGACAGAAGAGUGCCAAGGAGCUGGUGGAGCAAGAUAUUCAGCCAGCCCGCUACCACGUGGCCUUCGGGCCCGUCAUCGAUGGAGACGUCAUCCCGGACGACCCUGAGAUCCUGAUGGAGCAAGGCGAGUUCCUGAACUACGACAUCAUGCUGGGGGUGAACCAGGGCGAGGGGCUGAAGUUCGUGGAGGGCGUGGUGGAUCCUGAAGAUGGUGUCUCGGGCAGUGACUUUGACUACUCUGUCUCCAACUUUGUGGAUAACCUGUAUGGCUAUCCAGAGGGGAAGGACACCUUGCGGGAGACCAUCAAGUUCAUGUACACAGACUGGGCGGACAGGGACAACCCCGAGACACGUCGCAAAACCUUGGUGGCCCUGUUCACUGACCACCAGUGGGUGGAGCCAUCAGUGGUGACGGCUGACCUGCAUGCCCGCUACGGCUCCCCAACCUAUUUCUACGCCUUCUACCACCACUGCCAGAGCCUCAUGAAACCUGCGUGGUCUGACGCGGCCCAUGGAGACGAGGUGCCUUACGUCUUCGGGAUCCCCAUGAUUGGCCCCACUGACCUCUUCCCUUGCAACUUCUCCAAGAAUGACGUUAUGCUCAGUGCCGUGGUGAUGACAUACUGGACCAACUUCGCCAAGACAGGGGACCCCAACAAGCCUGUCCCCCAGGACACCAAGUUCAUUCACACCAAGGCCAACCGCUUUGAGGAAGUGGCAUGGUCCAAGUACAACCCUCGCGACCAGCUGUACCUGCACAUCGGCCUGAAGCCCAGAGUGCGAGACCACUACCGAGCCACCAAGGUGGCCUUCUGGAAGCACCUGGUGCCCCACCUGUACAACCUGCACGACAUGUUCCACUAUACCUCCACCACCACCAAAGUGCCACCUCCAGACGCCACGCAGAACUCACACAUCACCCGCCGGCCCAACGGCAAAAUCUGGACUACCAAGCGCCCGGCCAUCUCCCCGGCUUACAACAGCGAGAACCCCAGGGAGAAGUGGAGCCCGGAGCAGGAGGCCGGCACGUUGCUGAUCGAGAACCCCCGGGACUACUCCACCGAGCUGAGCGUCACCAUCGCUGUGGGGGCCUCCCUGCUCUUCCUCAACGUGCUGGCCUUCGCUGCGCUCUACUACCGCAAGGACAAGCGCCGGCAGGACACACACCGCCAGCCCAGCCCCCAGCGCAGUGCCCCCAACGACAUCGGGCACACGCCUGAGGAGGAAAUCCCCUCCCUGCAGAUGAACCAGGCCCACCAUGAGUGCGAGUCAGGGCAGGCACACGACGCCCUGCGGCUCACCUCCCUGCCCGACUACACGCUCACCCUGCGCCGCUCCCCAGACGACAUCCCUCUGAUGACCCCCAACACCAUCACCAUGAUCCCCAACUCCCUGGUGGGCCUACAGACCCUGCACCCCUACAACACCUUUGCAGCAGGGUUCAGCAGUACGGGGCUCCCGCACUCACACUCCACCACCAGGGUAUAGCUCCAGGGGCUGUGCCCACCCAUGCCUGCACACAUCCACGCACACAGGGGACACUGGCAGGGGCUGACGGAUGCAGAUUGGGCAGCACACACAGACGGUCCCACCUGGCGGGGUGGAGCAGAGCCCCAGGGCUGGCAGGACCUCUGCUGUGGGACAGGUGGGCUGCUCGCCCCUCCGGCUCGCUCGCUCGCUCUUCUGUUUUUAUUUUGUAAAGUGCUUUGACUCUCCGUGUGCUGAGAGGGCUGACACCGGGGCAGCAGGACCCAGCCAGAGCGGUGCAGGAGAACGACAGCAGAGUGUGCGCAGAGCCCUGCAUGCUGCAUCCCGCUGGAAGCUCCCGUGCAGGACACUGAGAAGGACUCGUCUGGGGAGGAGUUGAUGGCGUGCCUGCCCCCUGGCCUGGACAUGGCACUAGAGGACUCUGCACCACUUGGGAGGUGGUGCCUCCUGGAGCCCUCUUCCCUCCCCCAAGUGCAUUGGGGACGGGCUAGGAGCUGUCCUUGGCAUUCUCUUUCCACUGGACCUGUUGAGUUGAUUGAAAUUUGCCAUUCAAAGUGCCAUACAAAAGGCUCCAACACUCUGUCAAAUUGUGGUGUGAAGCAGCUGUCUUGGGCCACUGGCACUGGGUGGGUGGGAUUGGUGCCAGGGUUGUCACUGGGUGGGAGGACUCAGUACCCAGUCUGGCGCUGGGCAGGGGGUUCGGUGCCUGGUCUGGCGCUGGGCAGGAGGGGCUCGGUGCCCGGUCUGGCACUGGGGGGGGCAAAGGUUUGGUGCCCAGUCUGGCGCUGGGCAGGAGGGGCUCGGUGCCCGGUCUGGCACUGGGGGGGGCAAAGGUUUGGUGCCCAGUCUGGUGCUGGGCAGAGGAGCUCGGUGCCCGGUCUGGCGCUGGGCAGGUGGGCUUGGUGUCCGGUCUGGCACUUGGCAGGAGGGCCUCGGUGCCUGGUCUGGCACUGGGGGGGGCAAGGGCUUGGUGCCCGGUCUGGCGCUGGGCAGGAGGGGCUCGGUGCCUGGUUUGGUGCUGGGUGGGGGAGCUUGGUGCCCGGUCUGGCGCUGGGCGAGUGGGCUUGGUGCCCGGUCUGGCGCUUGGCAGGAGGGCCUUGGUGCCUGGUCUGGCACUGGAGGGGGGCAAAGGCUCAGGUUGUCACUGGGUGGGAGGAGUCAGUGCCUGGUCUGGCGCUGGGCAGGGAGGUCUCGGUGCCCAGUCUGGGGCUGGGGGUGGGCGAGGGCUCGGUGCCUGGUCUGGUGCUGAGAAGGGGGGCUUGGUGCCUGGUCUGGUGCUGAGAAGGGGGGCUCGGUGCCCGGUCUGGCGCUGGGGGCAGGCAAGGGCUCGGUGCCCCGUCUGGCAGACCAACCCUAGGUGUGGGCCCAGCACCUCUGCUCUUGCUGCAGAGAAUCUCUUUUGUGUUGGUCGUGUCUCUUUGCCGAGAUGUUUUUUAAGCAGAUCUUUAGUUCUUUACACACUAACAGAGUUGCUGCGUUUUGUCCUUUGUAACGAUUUUAAACCAGGUGUUCUUGAUAUAAAGUAAAAAAGCCA